CUUGAAUUCAGUAAUAAUGGCGCACUUGCGAAAGGUGGAGACCUUUCUGUAAAGUUAGUUUAUUUGGUGAGGUGGAGUGAAAACAAGGUGAUUUUUAAUGCCGUACCGCAGGCGCUUUUCCGCGAAAAUGCCAGACUUCGACGACGAGGUAACCGUUGUUGAUGUAUACGAUUUGGCGUCGGAUAUUGGAAAGGAAUGUGAAAUAAUUAUCGAGAAAUACGGCCCUGAAGCCGUAACAGCUCUGCUGCCGAAGGUGAUAAAUGCGCUUGAACUAUUAGAAAAUUUGGCUGUACGUAAUGAGAAGGAAAAUCAGGCUUUGCACGAAUUAACAGCAAAGAUAUCACAAUUAGAAAAUGAUAAGAUCGAGAAGGCUGAGUACAGGCAACGUUUCGAAAAGGAAAUUGAAGCGAUUGAAGAACAAUGGCGUACGGAAUCGGCCGAGCUGGUUACGGCUGUAUCACGCCUGCAGGAUGAAAACAAGCGCUUGAGGCGUACUAUAAACUCGCCUGCGGAUGGUUCUAGCGCUCCACCGUCACCGGCACGGGAACACGACCAAGAGGUGCUUUCACGACUGAGCAGUACUGCUGAGAAACAGAGAGCCACUCUCCGUCACCAGGAAUUACAGCUGCAAGAGAAACAGCAACUCAUUGAUAGCUUGACGAGUCAAGUGGAGAAACUAGCGCAGGUCAGCCGUGAUCUCCGACGAAAACAUAAGCAACUACAAAAUCAGAUGCGUCUAGUAUGUGAGGAACGCACCGAGCUGACCGCAAUAGUCCAAUCACAACAGCGUGAUAUCGCCGUCCUUCAGCAAUCAGAUGCACAGAAUAAGAAGUGCACUUCAUGUGGGGUGGCGCUACCGGACGGUGGGGAUGACGAAGAUCAGUCUUCGAAGCCGACGUUCAGCGUGCGUGAGCUCCGCGCCAUAUUACACGAGAGGAACGAACUCAAACUCAAGUUGAACCGCGCCGAGGAGCAGCUGCAGGCGCUGCAGGCCGAGCCGCAAGCCGACAGCUCGGACGCGUCCCCGUCGCCGCCGUCGCUGGGCGCGGGCGCGGAGGAGGACGAGGCGCCCGUGCAGGGCCCGCUGCCCGCCGAGCCCGACGACGCGCCCUGGAAGCGCAACAGCGGCAUCCGGAAGUUAUUCUGGUUGGCGCUGACUACCCGCCACGAAGGUCGCCGGUCACCACCGCCGAGGAUCUCUUUCGGCCCUUGGUACUGAUUCGUGGAAUCAAGUUUUCGCAAGCUCUUUGCUGAGUCUGAUAUCGCCGUGGGCGGGUUCCCGCGCCGGCCGCUGUCGGCGCUGGGCAAGGGCGCCGCCCCCGCCGGCGCCGCCUCCGCCCCCGCGUAGACACUCGGACCCCGCCCCCGACCCCGCCCCCGCACGCCCCGCCCCGCAGACAUUACACAGACGCUUCUCCGAAAUACGGGCCGUCCGGCCGGAGCUCGACCUCCGGCGAGAACUGCUGCAG